CCAACAACCACAAGUACAACACCAACCACGACUCCGACAACCACAACUACAACACCAACUACAACACCGACAACCACAACUACAACACCAACUACGACACCGACAACCACAACUACAACAUCGACAACCACAACUACAACAUCGACAACCACAACUACAACACCAACUACGACACCGACAACCACAACUACAACACCAACUACGACACCGACAACCACAACAACUACACCAACCACGACUCCAACAACCACAACUACAACACCGACAACCACAAGUACAACACCAACUACGACACCGACAACCACAACAACAAUGCCAACUACGACACCGACACAACCACUACAACCACAACUCACAACCACAACUACGACACCGACAACCACAACACAACUACCAACUACGACACCGACAACCACAACUACAACACCGACAACCACAACUACAACACCAACUACGACACCGACAACCACAACAACAACACCAACUACGACACCGACAACCACAACUACAACACCAACUACAACACCGACAACCACAAGUACAACACCAACUACGACACCGACAACCACAACUACAACACCAACAACCACAAUGACAACUACGACACCGACAACCACAACUACAACACCAACUACGACACCAACAACCACAACUACAACACCAACUACGACACCGACAACCACAACUACAACACCAACUACGACACCAACAACCACAACUACAACACCAACUACGACACCGACAACCACCACUACAACACCAACUACAACACCGACAACCACAAGUACAACACCAACUACGACACCGACAACCACAACUACAACACCAACAACCACAAUGACAACUACGACACCGACAACCACAACUACAACACCAACUACGACACCAACAACCACAAGUACAACACCAACUACGACACCGACAACCACAACUACAACGCCAACUACGACACCAACAACCACAACUACAACACCAACUACGACACCGACAACCACAAGUACAACACCAACUACGACACCGACAACCACAAGUACAACACCAACUACGACACCGACAACCACAACUACAACACAAACAACCACAAUGACAACUACGACACCGACAACCACAACUACAACACCAACUACGACACCAAACAACCCAUAGACAACACCAACUACAACACCGACAACCACAACUACAACACCAACUACGACACCCACAACCACAAGUACAACACCAACUACGACACCGACAACCACAACUACAACACCAACUACGACACCGACAACCACAACUACAACACCAACUACGACACCAACAACCACAAGUACAACACCAACUACGACACCGACAACCACAACUACAACGCCAACUACGACACCAACAACCACAACUACAACACCAACUACGACACCGACAACCACAACAACAACACCAACUACGACACCGACAACCACAACAACAACACCAACUACGACACCGACAACCACAACUACAACACCAACAACCACAAUGACAACUACGACACCGACAACCACAACUACAACACCAACUACGACACCAACAACCACAAGUACAACACCAACUACGACACCGACAACCACAACUACAACGCCAACUACGACACCAACAACCACAACUACAACACCAACUACGACACCGACAACGACAACAACAACUACAACACCAACUACGACACCAACUAACACACAACACAACACAACUACACAACCGAACAACCACACAACCACAACCCCAACCACGACUCCGACAACCACAACUACAACACCAACUACAACACCAACAACCACAACUACAACACCGACAACCACAACUACAACACCAACUACGACACCGACAACCACAACUACAACACCGACAACCACAACUACAACACCAACUACGACACCGACAACCACAACUACAACACCAACUACGACACCGACAACCACAACUACAACACCAACUACGACACCGACAACCACAACUACAACACCAACCCCGACAACCACAACAACAACGCCAACUACGACACCGACAACCACAACUACAACACCAACUACGACACCGACAACCACAACUACAACACCAACUACGACACCGACAACCACAACUACAACGCCAACUACGACACCGACAACCACAACUACAACACCAACUACGACACCAACAACCACAACUACAACACCAACUACGACACCGACAACCACAACAACCCAAACACCAACUACGACUACGACAACCACAAGUACAACACCAACUACAACACCGACAACCACAACUACAACACCAACUACGACACCGACAACCACAACAACAACACCGACAACCACAACUACAACACCAACUACGACACCGACAACCACAACUACAACACCAACUACGACACCGACAACCACAACCACAACUACAACACCAACUACGACACCCACAACCACAACUACAACACCAACUACGACACCGACAACCACAACAACUACACCAACCACGACUCAGACAACCACAACUACAUCACCAACCACAACUACAACACCAACUACGACACCGACAACCACAACAACAACGCCAACUACGACACCGACAACCACAACUACAACACCAACUACGACACCGACAACCACAACUACAACACCAACUACGACACCGACAACCACAACUACAACACCAACUACGACACCAACAACCACAAGUACAACACCAACUACGACACCGACAACCACAACUACAACGCCAACUACGACACCAACAACCACAACGACAACCACAACUACAACACCGACAACCACAAGUACAACACCAACUACGACACCGACAACCACAACAACAACACCAACUACAACACCAACAACCACAAGUACAACACCAACUACGACACCGACAACCACAACUACAACACCAACUACGACACCAACAACCACAACUACAACGCCAACUACGACACCGACAACCACAACUACAACACCGACAACCACAACUACAACACCAACUACGACACCCACAACCACAACCACAACUACAACACCAACUACGACACCGACAACCACAACAACUACACCAACCACGACUCAGACAACCACAACUACAUCACCAACCACAACUACAACACCAACUACGACACCAACAACCACCACUACAACACCAACUACAACACCGACAACCACAACAACACCAACUACGACACCGACAACCACAACCACAACCACAACAACAACACCAACUACGACACCGACAACAACACCAACAACU